AUAUGACUUUCUGAAAAAUUCAUAAAAAUGAAAUAUAAAUGAUCAGAAUCCAGUUAAAAGAAUACCAGAUAGAUUCGGACUGAUAUAAACAUCAGACUUUAAUAUUUGAAAAGGCCUAAACAAUCACAACCAGAUUGGCUACCACAAUUAAUAACUGGACAGCGUACCUCUCGUAGAUGUACACUGAUAUGGAUUAGAGCUGCACUAUAUAACUGCUUCCAAUUGCAAUCUCAAAUAAUAUUAUAAGCAAAACACAAAUCCUAAGAUGCCUCACAUUGAGCUUGUGUUUUUUUCUUUGUCUUUGUUGAUCUUUCUCUACUAUUGUCACAGUGGAGCUCUUGAGCUUAUUUUUCUCUCUGUGUCCUUGAUGAUCUCUCUCUGCUACUGUUUCAUGUGCAGAGGCACUAGCGAUUUGUCAAGCAAUUGGCCCCUCUUGGGCAUGUUGCCAGGUUUUCUUAAGAAUGCCCAUAGAAUACUUGACUUCGUCACGUUACUUCUCCAAGAAAACCAUCAAACUUUAUACGUCAAAGGGCCUAUUUUGGCAAACAGAAAUGCCCUUUUGACUUGUGAUCCUGUUAAUGUCAACUACAUCUUGAGCAAGAAUUUCACCAACUUUUCCAAAGGCCCGGAGUUUGGCAAGAUAUAUGAUAUACUUGGAGAGGGGAUCAUUAGUUCUGAUGGUCAACUUUGGAAAAUUCAUCGCAGAACUACAAUGUCACUCUUCAAAUAUUUGCAAUUCUAUCAAAUGUUACAAAGGACCGUGAGGAAAAAGCUGGAGGAAGGGUUACUUCCAGUGCUUGAUCGCGUCUCUAAGCAUGGAAUCGAGGUGGAUUUGCAGGACAUAUUCCAGAGACUUACCUUUGACAAUAUUUCUUCCUUACUUCUAGACCAUGACCCUCAAAGCCUUACUCUUAAUUUACCUGAUAUUCCUUCCCACAAGUCUUUUUCAGCUGUUGAAGAGGCGUUACUGUAUAGACAUGUUCUUCCUGAAAGCAUUUGGAAGCUGCAAAAUUGGAUUGGAUUCGGUAGAGAAAAAGGUCUAAACAAAGGCUGGGAAGCAAUUGAUGAAUACCUAUAUACCUGUAUAUCCAUGAAGCGCCAACAAGUUGUACACACAAAUUCUUUGCAAAUGUCUUCAGCAGAUGAGGAUCAUAAACUAGAUUGGUCGACUGCUUACAUGGAAUCAGCGUACAAAGAAAACCUGGGAAGCCCUGAUAAAUUUUUAAGGGACACUUUGCUUAGUUUAAUGGUUGCUGGGAGAGAUACUACCAGCGCAGCUCUUUCCUGGUUUUUUUGGCUUCUCUGGAAAAACCCUUCAGUGGAAUCUAAAAUUCUAGAAGAGAUCAGAAGAAAUUUGAGUACAAGUGAACUUAAAAGCAAGAUUGUUUUUCACAAAAAGGAAGAGUUGCAGAAACUAGUUUAUCUACAUGGAGCUUUGUGUGAGACCUUAAGACUCUUUCCUUCCGUUCCUUUCAAUCAAAAGUCUCCAAAACAACCUGACAUUCUUCCAAGUGGCCAUCGAGUAGAUAAAGACUCAAAUAUUAUUUUGUCAUUUUAUAGCAUGGGAAGAAUGGAGAGUAUAUGGGGAGAAGAUUGCCUGGAGUUCAAGCCAGAGAGAUGGAUAACUGAACGUGGAGAGAUCAAACAUGAACCUUCAUACAAGUUCAUCGCUUUUAGUGCAGGGCCAAGAUAUUGUUUAGGCAAGGAAAUGUCCUUCACUCAGAUGAAGAUUGUUGCCACAACCAUGAUAUACAAUUACAAAAUACAAGUGACUGAAGGUCAUCCCAUAGUCCCUCGUGAUUCUGUUGUUCUGGAAAUGAAAUAUGGUCUUAAAGUCCGGUUAAGUAGAAGAAAUGUGCGCUGAGAUCCUGCUUCUCAAGAUUGAACUACUAUUCUAUCCUAUAAACAUAUUAAGUCAGUUGUCACUAUGAACAACUAGCUGUUGGUGUAUUCAAUAAAUUGGUCAUAGAGCAAAACUCUGUGUAGUGAUUCAUUGCUCUUUCGUACUCCUCCUACAUCUUGCUUAUUCACUUCAACUGCCAAGUCUCUGACCACCUUAAUAAACAUGUGUCACAUGGAUUCUCAGCUCUA